AUGAACGGAGAGUCAUACGAACACCGCGAACAGCGGAUUCAAGAACUAUGGCAAACUCUCGACACCCGCAACGAAGGUCAACUUGACCUAGGGGCUCUUAAGAAGGGUCUGCGCAAAAUAGAUCACCCUCUCAAAAACGCCGAUGACCUUCUUUACGAUGUUCUCCGAGCCGUUGACACCUCGGGUGAUGGACGAAUACAGUACAAUGAAUUCAGAGUGUUUGUUGACCAUGCCGAACGGGAACUGUGGCAGCUCUUCAGCAGUAUCGACAAAGACAACAGUGGUGCUUUGGACAAGGGAGAACUUCGAGCAGCAUUCAGCAGGUCAGGAGUGACGAUCAGUUCUGCGAAAUUGGACCAGUUUUUUGACGAGGUGGAUGUGAACCAUGAUGGCGAGAUCAGCUUUGAAGAAUGGAGGGAUUUUCUGCUCUUCUUGCCAGCAGGCCAGUCCAAUCUUCGCGCGGUAUUGUCCUACUACACGGCUACGGGAAAUGUGAAUCAAGAAGGAGAUGUCACCAUCAAUGACACUCUUCAAGGCUUCGGCUAUUUCAUAGCUGGUGGGCUUGCAGGGAUAGUUUCGCGUACAGCGACUGCUCCACUUGACCGCUUGAAAGUCUAUCUCAUCGCACAGACAAGUCCGAAAGAAGCCACAAUCAAAGCCGCGAAGAAAGGUGCCCCAUUGCAGGUGAUCAGAAAUUUCGGCAGGCCCUUGGUCGAUGCAUGCAAGGAACUCUGGGCUGCUGGUGGCAUGCGUAGUCUGUUCGCCGGGAAUGGUUUAAACGUGAUCAAGGUUAUGCCUGAGUCGGCCAUUAAAUUUGGUGCAUACGAGGCUGCUAAGAGAGCCUUCGCCAAAAUCGACGGUUCAGACCCUAAGCAUUUGCAACCGACAUCCCAAUUUCUUGCCGGUGGUAUCGGUGGCGUGGUAUCUCAAUGCGUUGUUUAUCCGCUCGACACCCUCAAAUUUCGAAUGCAGUGCGAGACUGUCUCCGGGGGUCUUCAUGGGAACGCCCUUAUCAUACAAACAGCCAAAAAGAUGUGGCGACAGGGGAAACUCAUGCCUUAUUAUCGAGGCCUCGGGAUGGGCCUUGCUGGCAUGUUUCCCUAUAGUGCUAUCGAUCUGUUUAUCUUUGAGAAUUGCAAGAACUUUGUUCUGGCGCGCAAAGCACGGCAAGCACGAUGUCACGAAGAAGAUGUCGAUAUGAGCAACAUCAUUACAGGUGUUAUUGGAGCCACCUCCGGCGCUAUCAGUGCGACAGUGGUGUACCCGGUCAACCUGCUACGGACACGACUUCAAGCUCAAGGGACGGUAUUACACCCACCGACAUAUACAGGCAUCGUGGAUGUCACUAGAAAGACCCUCCAAGGCGAAGGAGUAAGGGGCCUAUUCAAGGGUGUAACGCCAAAUCUUUUGAAGGUUGCCCCAGCUGUUAGCAUCAGUUACAUUGUUUACGAAAACAGCAAGGCACUGAUGGGCUUGCGUUGA